AUGUCUAACGGUACUUUAUAUGUCAAAGAUUUCCCAAGAGCUAUUCUAGCCAGAUCCUUAGUCAAAUACUACAAGAUCGAUGUUAAAGUCGAAGAUGCUGAAACCUCUGAAACCUACAAGAGAGACUGUCCAGUUGGUAGAAUUCCAGCCUUUGUUGGCCCAAACGACUUUAUCUUAACUGAAAUUGCUGCUAUUAACCCAUUCUUAGUUGAAUUAAUCAGCGAUGAAAAGGUCAAGAAACAAUUACUAGGUAAAGACUACAAGGAAAGAGCUUUAAUUGCCAAGUGGAUUUCUCUAUCUAACACUGAUUUCUUCAUGACUUUAGCUGACAUUUUCUACAUGUACAUUAACAGAUACCCAUACCAUCAAGAUAUCGUUGACAGAGGUUUCGAACAAUUAGAAAAGGUCUCUGAAACUUAUGAAAACAGAUUAAAGGACCACAAGUACUUAGUUAACGAUGAUAUUACCCUUGCUGAUUUAUUAUCUGUUACUCAAUGGGCCUUCGCUGUGCAAUUAUGUUACGGUCCAGAAUGGAGAGCUAAGUACCCUGGUAUCGUCAGAUGGGUCGAAGCUGUUGUUGCAUCUCCAGUCUUAAAGGAUGAAUACAAGGACUUCAAGUUAUGUGAAAAGACUUUCUCUCCACAAAAGAAAUAG